UUGGGCAAACCAAGCUGUUGGCUCACCGCUUCAGCCAACAUUGCAGCCAUGGCGCGCUGCUCCCACGCCAAGCCGUUCUGCGCCACCGCGCCUCCCCGCCUCUCACGCCGCCGCCGGCAGCUCUCCGCGAACGCCACCUCUCGGGCGGUUUCCACCAGUAAGGCACGGUUGCCGGCCCUAAACAAACCGGCCAAACCGCCGCCGCCGCUCCUCUCGCGCCCGAAGCUCCCAAUCCCCAGCACCACCACCGCCACCGACACCGCCGGCGACAAUGGUUGCACCAAGAAACCACCGCCGGAGGUGGCGCCCGCGCCUCCGUCCUCUUCGGGCGCCGGCGACGUGCUCCGUCUGAUGGACGCGCUCGGCCUCCCGCCCGACGAGGAGGUCUACGUCUCGCUCCUCAGGGACUGCGCCGGCGCAGCGGAGGUCACCGCGGUGCACGCCCACGUAUGCGCCACCGCCGGUGGCCUCCCACCGCCGCUCGCCAACCGGGUGCUGCUUUCUUACGCCGCGAGUGGGGACAUCGAGGCCGCCCGCCGGGUGUUCGACGAAAUGCCGAGCAGGAACGGCAUGGCGUGGGCGACCAUGGUCUCCGCCUGCUCGGAUAGAUGCUCCCAUCACGAAGCGAUGCGCCUAUUCGCGCGCAUGUGUCACGAAGCAUGGGACCUCACCGACGAUGGCUUUGCCCACGCCAUUGUGGCCGUGCUACGGUCAUGCACUCGCGCGGGCGAACUACGGCUCGGCGAGCAGGUGCAGGCGCUUGUCAUCAAGAAAGGCAGAGUUUGUGGCGAGACUGGCAGCUCACUGGUACAGCUCUACUGUGAGAGCGGCGGCCUUCACGAAAGAGCACGGCAGGUGCUUGCGAUGAUGAUGCGGCGCCACUGCCAGGAACCGGUUCCGGAGUCGGCAUGGACGAGCCUGAUCACGGCCUACCACCGGGACGGCCUCCUGGACGAGGCCAUCGAUGUCUUUAGGGACAUGGUGUCCGCCGGCGUUCCCAGGAGCAGCUUCUCCCUGUCGAGCAUCCUCGCCGUGCUCGCAGAGUCAGAGAACCGCCAAGGGUGUUGCGGGCGGCAGGUGCAUGCCGACGCCAUCAAACGCGGGGCGGACGCGAACCAGUUCGUCGGCUCGGGGUUGGUGCACAUGUACGCCAAGCAAGGGCGGCUGGCAGAUGCCGCAAGGGCAUUUGAGGCGAUCGGUGGAAAGCCCGACGCGGUGUGCUGGAACGCCAUGGCUAUGGCGUAUGCUCGCGGUGGACGGUACAGGGAGGCCGCGAGAGUCAUGUACCAGAUGAAAGCUGCCGGGAUGAAUCCUUCUGAAGAGAUGACGGAUGCGGUAAGGUUGGCCUGUUUCAGAUGAACUUGAACUGCCAGAGCGAGUUACUUGACUGUACAGUCAGAAGGCACCCGUACCGGAUUCAGAAAAUAGUGGCCGUGCCACCACAAAAGUCCUUCAGUGAUACCACUUGUACUACUACCUGUGACUAACAAUAGUCAGUCCGGUCAGUGUAAUUUGAGCGUCCAUACUUCAAGGUAUCUUUUUCAGUUUGGAUGCCCGUGGUGCCAUGUUUUGUACAAGUAUAGUUUACAACAAGCACCGCUCAUUAAUCAUCAACCAGCCCUUUGUAAUGUGGAUUAA